AUGGCGGAUGCCGGCAAACUCAUCUUCGCCAUGGCCGGACCCUCUGCAGCUAUCGAGAGACUGAGACCCUACAUUAUUGAUGUCAUGGGUAGAAGUAUCAUUGACAUGGGUGAAGAUGUCCGCAAGUCAAGCUUGCUUAAAAUAUCAGGGAACAUCUUUGUUAUUGGCUUUCAGGAACUGACUGCAGAGGCUCAGGUCUUUGCAGAAAAGACGGGGCUUGGGACCCGCCAGAUGGAGCAAUUCAUUAGUGAUAUGUACGGACCGGUCAUCGAGAGCUACUCGAAGCGGAUGACAACGGGCGCCUAUGCGCCACCUCUGGGAACUCCUCCGGGCUUUGCAGUCUCUCUCGCAGCGAAGGAUGCAGGGUAUGCGAUCAAGAUUGCAGAGAAACAUGGCACGCGGGUCCCAACCAUUGAAACAGCUUUAGCCCGCAUGGAGGCAGCUAGAAAGUUUGCAGGAGAGUCAUUGGAUAGUUCAUCGAUAUAUGGAUCAGCCCGAUUGGAGGCUGGGUUGCCAUUUUGGAACGAGAACAGUAGACAGUCUAACUAA